GAGGCAGAAACAGAAAGGUAGAAUAAAGAUAUGCAGAGAAAUGGAGUGAAGAAGCUGAUUCAACAGACCUCCGCGGCAAUCAGAUGUACCCAUUCUCACACUUCACUCUCUUUCUCUCCUGAUUUCCUCCACCAUUCUAGAGAUCAUCGUACAGUAUGUGAGAUUCUUGAAGCCUGCAAGCUCUCCUCAGAUUAUAAGACUGCAAGUGCAAUCCACGCAAUAAUCUUUAAACUCGGGUAUGGAACUUAUCCAUCUCUUGUAACUACUUUGAUAUCGACUUACUUGCAAUGUGGUUGGCUCGUUCUAGCUCAUCAACUUAUUGAUCAAGUUUUUCGAUCGGAUUGUAAUUUGGUCAUUCUGAACUUAGUUAUUGAACAUCUAAUGAAACUUGGAGAAUAUGGUUCUGCAAAGAAGGUGUUUCAUAAAAUGCCCGUUCGAGAUUUGGUGACAUGGAACAUAAUGAUUGGAGGAUAUGUUAGAAAUGCACGCUUUGAGGAGGCUUUGACCUUCUUUCGUGAGAUGCUUGGCUCAAAUGUAAAACCAGAUAAGUUUACAUUUGCAUCAGUUAUCACAGGGUGUGCACGACUUGGAGCUCUUAAUCAUGCCUUAUGGGUGCAUAGUUUGAUAACUGAGAAAGAAAUUGAACUAAAUGCCAUACUGAAUGCAGCUCUAAUAGACAUGUACUCAAAGUGUGGUAGAAUUCACACUGCAAAGGAAGUUUUUAAUAGCGCAGAGCACAAUGAUGUGUCUAUCUGGAAUGCAAUGAUUAAUGGGUUAGCAAUUCAUGGGCUUGCUUUUGAGGCAAUUGCUGUUUUCUCAAAGAUGAGGGUGGAAAAUAUUUUACCUGAUUCAAUAACUUUUAUUGUACUCUUAACUGCGUGCAGCCACUCUGGUUUGGUUGAAGAGGGUCAGAAAUACUUUGAUUUAAUGAGUGGCCAUUAUUCAAUUCAGCCACAAAUUGAGCAUUAUGGGGCAAUGGUUGACCUCUAUGGUCGAGCUGGCCAGCUAGAAGAGGCUUAUGCCAUUAUUAAAGCAAUGCCUAUGGAGCCAGAUAUUGUUAUUUGGAGGGCACUUUUAAGUGCUUGUCGAACUUAUAGAAAGCCAGAACUGGGUGAAGUUGCCAUUGCUAAUAUAUCACGUCUUGAGAGUGGUGAUUAUGUCUUGCUGUCAAAUAUCUACUGCUCUGUGAAGAAAUGGGAGAGUGCUGAAGGACUCAGAGAAAUGAUGAAAAAAAAAGGAAUUCGUAAAAUUAGGGGUAGGAGUUGGAUUGAGUUGGGAGGAAUCAUUCACCGUUUUAAGGCAGGUGAUAGAUCUCACCCUGAAACAGAGGGAUUAUACAAAGUGUUGGAAGGGCUGAUACAACGGACAAAGUUGAAAGGGUUUCUUCCUGAAACGGAGUUGGUUUUAAUGGAUAUCUCUGAAGAGGAAAAGGAAGGAAAUUUGAAUCAUCACAGUGAGAAGUUGGCACUGGCGUAUGGAAUCCUAAAAACUAGUCCUGGAACAGAAAUUAUGAUCUCAAAAAACCUCCGGAUCUGUCAUGAUUGCCACAAUUGGAUAAAAAUGGUUUCAAAACUAUUAAUCAGGGUGAUUAUUGUUAGGGAUCGAAUUCGUUUUCAUCGGUUUGAAGGUGGUUUAUGUUCUUGUGCAGACUAUUGGUAGCUUGUCUUUUUGCUCUUUCAAGUUUUAUUUUUAUUGUUUAAGGCAUUUCAUAAACCAAGGUAGCAUUAUUAGUAUAUCCCCUGGUGCCCAUAAACACUGGGGAGCUGGUUGGCCAGGAUUGAGGGUUCUUCUGGGAAGAAUAGUUAUUCUUACAUUUUUGGUAGGUGUAUCUCAAAGUAUUGGUGGUAAUUAUUUGUACUUAAUGCGGCAUUCUUCAUUUGUUACUGUUCAAGCAGUAUCCUAUCAUUUGCCUUCCUCCAUUGCCUAAAGAAAAUGGGGAAAAAAACAAGUAUCCUUAUGAAGCCAAUCUUUUGUAACGCAUGAAUUAGUAUUGUCGUAUUGCUUGGAAGAGGAUCCAACUUAAUUGAUAUCUGGUACCAUGCUUGUCAGCUUAUACUUAAGCAAUUUGGACCCUUUAUGGAAUCAGCUGAAAUUUUUGGAAGGUUUUUGUGUUUCUAUCAUUGCUAUAUAUCAUUGAUGGCUGAUAAGAUAUUCUUGGCUAUAGGAUGACAUUUGUUUAACUUCAGUACAGCAAUUAUUUGAUUAACUGUGCAGUAAAAUUUGUUUAGUUAGAUACUUCAGCGCUCUUGAGGGAUGAUCUCUACUGCUAAACUGAUUUGUUGGAGCAGAUGGAAAUGCUGUUAGACUCAGAUCUCCAAGCCAUAUCUGGGUGUGAUUUUGGGGUCACACAGCAACUGUGUUGAAUGUGAAUCAUCCUACUUCAAGGAUGGACAUCAUGCUUGUGGUCCCAAUGCCUGUGAAUAGUUUCCUUUGGUGCCUGUGGCAACCAGGCAUGUCUUCACCUUAUCUCAAAAUGUUGGUAUGAGGUCAGUUUGUUGCUCAUAAGCUGCCCUAAUCCUUAUGAUCAUGCUGAGCAUGUUUCUCUUCAAGGAUUUUCUCUCUCUUCCUUGAGGUUCAGCAUGCUGCAUUUGGCUCCCGUUUGUGACCUUGCAGAUAACCUGCAGUCAGGAACUUGAAAAGGAUUGCCCAAAUGCUUGAAUUACAUUUCUAAACCAAGUGCUCCUUUGGCUGCUGAUUUGCGUGGCAAUAAUGAAAAUGCUUUGACAAUAUUUGCUGGGCAGCAUCCUCAAAGUCAGAGUUCUGCAUUUGCACCCUGCGAAUUCCUUUUCUAAACUUAUAAAGAGUUUUGUUCAUCACUUGGCUUCUGGUUCUGGGUCAUUUUUGGACAUUAGGCAUAUACCUGAACUAUAAACUUGUUGAUUGAGCUGCCAUCACCUGAACCUGGUGCCUCGUUUUUCUUUAACUUACUUUUGAGUAUGCUUUUUUUUAGCAGUCAUGGACUAAUCCACCUUAGCUUACUAUCAUGUUAAAUUCAAUUACCUUUAGACUAAAUAUUUUGAUCA